AUGCCCGAAUCGCCAUACCGUCCUCCGCCCGGCUCGACCAUUGUCCCGACUUCGCAUAACAAAUGUGGUCCGGUGCCGUUCCCACUAACAGCUCAACAGCUCAAUGCUUCUAUUCAUCAUGCGGUCCCGUCCGUCACACAACGUGCCGUCCGCGACUUUGGAGCCAAGAUGGUGGCCGACUCCAUUGUCGACAUCAUGAACCACUUUACUACCGCGGAUAUCGACAAGGUCGCCGACAUGAUUAUCGACAAGGCCAGCGACAACUUCCUCGACAAAUGUCUGGAAAAGCGACUUUUGACCAUCGAGGCCGCUCCACUGACCAAUGCUCUCGCGAAAGCUGAACGGCUGGGGUAUGAGCUGGGCGAUGUGAUCCCAGAACAACAACAGGGCCAAGCUCAUCCGGCUGCCGCUGCUCCUAAUGGCCACCAAGCUCACCCUACCCAACCGGCGGCUGGCUAUCCUCCUGCUCCGUCUGCUCCCCCGUCGUCGCAACAUCCAAUGCUUCACAUUUGCACUAUAUUACCACCCACCUCGGCUGGAUUCAAGCACUCAUGCCCAUACUGCGGUCAGGGCUUCACAGAACUAGUAGAUCUGAAUGGCCACCUCAACGGUAGAGUUUGCGGUCAUUUUGAUACGGUCAAACUUCCUCGUGGGCCUGGUCGACCCCCAAGAGCUGCUCCCGUUCAGCAUGCUAGCCCCGUACCGAUUGCCUCAUUGGCGCCAAACGGGACCCCUAACGCUUCCUUGUCAACUCCAGCGCGAUCCCAGCUCGUGAAUCGCGCAUUGGCAGGAACGCCGACAGCCUCACCCAUCCCGGGCGAUCCAUAUGCUCACCUCACACCUGAACAAUUCCAAGCGAUGAACGAGGAGCUUCACGAGGCCGAGAUCAAAUACCGACCAAGAUUUGCCGAGGCGGAAGCCAUCCCUGAUGAAAACGAAAGACGCCUGAGAGUCGAGGGUCUCAGGAACAGCUUCGGCACCAAGCAAUCGAUGAUCCGGAAGAAGUACGGAGUCAGGCUGCGUGAACGACGCACCAAGGCGGAGAUUCAGGCUGAGAGGGAGCGUCUGGGCAUCAAGCAGGCUGAAAAGGACCAAGCGAGGGCGUCCAUGGGGCCUGCUGGCAAGACAGAGGAUAGGCCAGUGGUCAUUAGCGAUGUCCCUGUGCCUGUUGUUCCGCCUAUGCCUGUUGGGCCACCGGCAGCUGGGUGGGUGGCUGCCAAUACGCCAAGGCCAAAUCCUGGUGCUGCCGAGGAGGAGGAGCACGAUGCGAAGAGGAGGAGGACGGACACGAAUGGGGGGUAUCAGACGCCCUAUAGGACUGGGGUGGAGGAUACACCCACCCGCAAGGUCUCGGCCAGCUUUGAUGGGGCAGGUGGUUCAGGUGUUCAGAACACCGGCAAUCCUUAUCCCGCGCUUGGAAAACCCCCCAAUCACGCCGACCUCGCAGCGCAAGCCGCUGCCGCGACGGCUGCGCUGAAUGGCCAGAAUGGGAACAGCUCCAAGCAACCCAUCGCUAUCGACGAUGGUGAUGACGACUCGGACUCGUCGGGUGAUGACGAGGAUAUCCCUUCUACGUUGCCCGCCCACGUGAGGAACAGCCUGGGGGCGUCGGCGGCUGGCAAGACGGGGAGUAGAGCUGGCUCCACGGCGUCGAUGACUCCUGGAUAA